GGUAUGGCGUUUACUUUGGAGGAACGCCAAAAGUUGGGCAUUCACGGGUUGCUCCCGGCCCGAUUCAAAACCCAGGAGGAUCAGGUCCAACUUUGUCUGUCCAAUGUCAACCGAUAUGAUGAGGAUCUCAACAAAUACGUCUACCUCGCUUCACUGCAGGACCGAAACGAACGGCUUUUCUACCGUGUUUUGUCUGAAAAUGUCUCGGACUUGAUGCCGAUUGUUUACACUCCUACUGUUGGGUUGGUGUGUCAGAAAUUUGGCCUCAUUUACCGUCGACCUCGGGGAUUGUUUAUUACAAUCCAUGACCGCGGUCACGUUUAUGACAUUCUCCGGAACUGUUUUGUGGAUGUUCGUGAAUUUAUUCUUGAAGUGUUCCUUUUUCUCUCCAAUCAGGAUUUCUUGAAGGACCCUUUCUACAUCGGACUACGUCAGAAGCGUGAGACUGGCGAGGCGUACGAUGCGUUGAUUGAUGAAUUCAUGGAGGCUGUCUUCGAGGACUUCGGGAAUGCCAAUGCCUUCAGGUUUUUGGACAAGUACAGGGACCGUUACUGCACUUUCAAUGACGACAUCCAAGGUACUGCUUCUGUGGCUGUUGCCGGUAUUCUCGGUUCGCUUCGCGUCACAAAAAAGAAGCUUUCCGACAACACGUUUCUAUUCCAAGGGGCUGGGGAGGCCUCCCUUGGAAUAGCCAAUUUGUUGGUACUGGCGAUGGUCGAAGAAGGCCUGGACAUUGAAAAGGCGAGGAGCAAGAUCUGGUUGGUUGAUAGACGUGGUCUGAUCUGCAAAGGCCGUCCUGAAGGCAACUUGACGGGACACAAGGUUCAUUAUGCUCACGACCACGAACCUAUGUACGAUUUGGAGAAAAUUGUCGAGAAGAUGAAGCCGACUAUUCUUGUUGGUGCUGCUGGGGUGCCGAAAGUUUUCACCGAGAAGAUUCUGAGGAAAAUGGGUGAAAUGAAUGAUAUCCCAGUGAUUUUUGCGCUUUCGAACCCUACGUCGAAGGCGGAAUGUACUGCGGAAGAAGCCUAUGUUAACACUGACGGACGUUGCGUUUUUGCGAGUGGAAGCCCGUUCCCGAAUUACAAUUACAAGGGCAAAGAAUUCCAUCCGGGACAAGGAAACAAUGCGUAUAUCUUCCCCGGUGUUGCUUUAGGAGUUAUUUCCGUUGGAAUUCAUCAAAUCACUGAAGGAAUUUUCCUUCGUGCUGCGCAGAAAUUGGCAAGCAUUGUGAGCGAUGACGACUUGAGUUACCGUCGAGUUUACCCACCUCUGAACGCCAUCCGGGAAUGUUCCGUCAAGAUUGCUGUAGAUAUCGGUGAAUACGCCUACAGACAUGGCCUCGCGUCGAUGAUACCCCGGCCGGAAAACCUGGAAAAAUUCAUCCGCGCGCAGCUGUUCGAAAUGAAUUACGUCCAAUCGUUCCCCGAUACCUACAAUUGGCCUGAGUCCGUUAAGUGCUCUCGGUUCGUAACGAUGGACGAUAUGAUUGUUGGGGAAGUAGACUUUGAGGAAAUCCUGAACAAAAGCGUGCGAAGCAUAAUGGAGUCGUGUGAAAGGUCACGAGCACAGAUGAUAUCUAUAGCGGAAUCGGGCAUCCGACAUCAAGAUGAACUGCGUGAUGUUUAUUCCAACUACGUUUCAAGUGCUGAAGAACUCAUUGGACGUACCGGGCAAGGAUCACUGGAAGUGCUGCAAGAGACAAUCAAUGGCAUAGAGAACGACCUCGCGGUUGCAAUUGCUGGGGCUGCUAAAAGUUACCGCCGCGCCGCGGAGUUGGAAAUGUAUUCUUCAUCAGUGAAUAGUGAAGUGCAGAGUGCAUUGGUAAAUAAGGAGUGGCUUGACCCUGAAGUUCAAGCCAUAAAAAGUUCUGGCGUAAAAAGAACUAUGAAACAUGCGAGUGACGGCAGUAAAGACGUGAAACAUGCUCAGGAAAAAUUGAGGUGUAUUCUUGCGGAAAUCAAUGACAUAGAAGAGCUCCUUAGUUUUCGGAUAACGCCUGAAGAGGAUAAUGCGCUCAAAAUCAGCUUUUGGAACUUGUUGGAGACAUCUGCAAGCAGACGUUGCUUUUGCGUAAUUCGAGUUUCGAAGCCAGUCAUCGAACUACUGUCAUCUGAACCCCGUGACGUGCCCGGCUUGGAGCAGCUCUGCAGAAACGCGAACGGAGUGGUGGAUUUCAAGUUCUUGGUGAACUUGAGGAAUGUCAUGAUCAAGUGUCUGACUAAUUCCGUCUGAUUUUGUAUUUACUAAUUUUGAUACGAAUACAUUGUAAUGAACUUUUA